AACCUGACCAGCAGCAGGGGAAAUGCACGGUGGUGAGCGACGGCGGUCCUGACGUCUUCCGCCACCACCUCCAUGCUCCGUCGCCGGCGAUGGGUCAGGACAGGCAAGCAGCGGGAGCGGUGCCGGCGCUUUAGGAACGGGAACUCCUCUUCCAACUUCCGCCCCUGGGGAAAAGCAGAAGCCGUCAGCCCCAGGAGAGCUGCUCUCCAGUUCGCAGCCUUUAGGUUCUGGCUCGGGAGUCAGCCAGUCCUCCCGGCGAUCGAGGGCCAGCGCAGCGGCACCCACCCUGUAGCCCGGCGGAGGCAGGCAAAGCUUCAGUGGCUGAAGGAGCUGUGACCUUCCCAGCACAGGACAGUUGGAGCGCAGCAGUGGGGUGUGUGUGUAAGAGAUAGCACAGACUGGAUGGAAGACUGAUGAGGAAAAGUAACAGCAUGACUGAGGUAAUGGAAAUGUACUGGAACACUGGGAGAAGCUAGUAUCUUACAAAAAGCCAAGAUGACAAGAAUCUUUUCAAAGUAAUCUAAGGAAGAAUCCUGUUCAGAAAUGAGGCCAAUUAAUGUUCAGACACUGCUACACGAAGUGCUUUAAACUGCCCUGACCAUCUUGCCAAAUGAGUCUCUGCUCAUGAGACCCAACAAGAUGAACCGGCCCAGGAGGGAUAGUGUCCUGCUCUAUACGAACAGUGACUGCUGACGUCUAAGAGCAAGUUGGGGGUACUGUGUUUUGUCUGCCAGUACCAUGAAGGAAGUGGUUUAUUGGUCACCCAAGAAGGUGGCAGAUUGGCUGCUGGAGAAUGCUAUGCCAGAGUACUGUGAACCUCUAGAACAUUUCACAGGCCAGGACUUGAUCAACCUAACCCAAGAGGAUUUCAAAAAAACCCCACUGUGCCGAGUCUCCUCUGACAACGGGCAGCGGCUCUUAGACAUGAUAGAGACCCUGAAGAUGGAGCAUCAUAUGGAAGCGCACAAGAAUGGCCAUGCCAACGGGCACCUCAGUGUUGGCGUUGACAUCCCCAACCCUGAGGGCAGCUUCAGCAUCAAGAUUAAGCCCAAUGGAAUGCCAAAUGGGUAUAGGAAAGAGAUGAUAAAAAUCCCCAUGCCAGAACCAGAGCGCUCCCAGUACCCCAUGGAGUGGGGCAAGACUUUUCUGGCCUUUCUUUAUGCACUUUCCUGUUUUGUUCUCACUACAGUGAUGAUCUCGGUCGUCCAUGAACGAGUACCUCCUAAGGAGGUGCAGCCUCCACUACCGGACACGUUUUUUGACCAUUUUAACCGGGUGCAGUGGGCCUUUUCUAUUUGCGAAAUUAACGGCAUGAUCCUUGUAGGACUCUGGUUAAUUCAGUGGCUGCUCUUAAAAUACAAGUCUAUUAUUAGCAGAAGAUUUUUCUGCAUAGUUGGCACGCUGUACCUGUAUCGGUGUAUUACAAUGUAUGUAACUACACUCCCAGUACCCGGCAUGCAUUUCAACUGUUCUCCGAAGCUGUUUGGAGACUGGGAAGCGCAAGUGCGGAGAAUAAUGAAGCUCAUUGCUGGAGGCGGCUUGUCUAUCACAGGCUCUCACAACAUGUGUGGGGACUAUCUGUACAGUGGCCACACAGUCAUGCUAACGCUCACCUACUUAUUUAUCAAAGAGUAUUCCCCUCGGCGACUCUGGUGGUACCACUGGAUUUGCUGGCUCCUCAGCGUCGUUGGAAUCUUCUGUAUUCUCUUAGCGCAUGACCACUACACUGUGGACGUGGUGGUGGCCUACUACAUUACUACAAGACUCUUCUGGUGGUAUCACACGAUGGCCAAUCAGCAAGUGCUAAAGGAAGCUUCCCAGAUGAACCUCCUGGCCAGGGUGUGGUGGUACAGGCCAUUUCAGUACUUUGAAAAGAAUGUCCAAGGGAUUGUACCUCGAUCUUACCAUUGGCCCUUCCCCUGGCCAGUAGUCCACCUUGGUAGGCAAGUUAAAUAUAGCCGGUUGGUAAACGACACGUAACAGCUCUGCAAAGUCGGGGAAUGAGGACCUGUCCAAAGUGCUGAGAGCUCCCUGAGAGAAGAUGCCAUAAGACAAAGACCUUCCUACUGCUAUUAUCUUUCAACAGUUACCUUGACUUAACCCAUUGAGUUACCUGGUCAGCACUGUGAUCUCUCUCUCUCUCUCUCUUUUUUUUCUCUCCAAAGGACCUGCGUUGGACAACAAUAAAGAAAAUUUACCUUAUCAUGCACUGUACACAUUUCCUGUUGUUAAGCCUGGGGCUUCCGUAACCGGCAGCCACCAUGUUCCUCUGUAUAAUUCAGCAGCACCACUGUGCGCCUCCAUAUCAUAAGCUCUGGCCUUUCCAGCCACAUCUGGGAAUAAAGUGUGUUAUUUUCUUGGAAAAACAUACCUUUCAUAUCUCUUGCCCCAAAGAUAGGGCUGUAAGCCAUUUUCUAGCAAAUGUCUCUAUGAAGGGUUCUAAGUGUCUGAAUGGGAUUUGGUUCCGAAAUCUCUCUACCCACUGUGCUGAUGCCAGCUGAAGAUGGAAGGUAUGGAGAGAUUUGGUCACGUGGAGUUUUGUAAAAUCAACAGAGACAGUGUAUCAAAAAC